UCUAUUUAAUUGUGAGUACUUUAUGGAAAUUUAUGUAUAGGUAGGUUAGUGGGUCUCAAAGGUGGAACCAAAAAUUUAAAAUUUGAUAAAAAAAAAUUAAAGUGGAAGGGGUGAGCAAAAAUGAUCGAAAAAAUCUUGGAUCCACCAGAAGAGGUUUCUCUAACCAGAAAAAUCCAAAAAACCCUUUUUAAACGUAUUAAGAUACUAGAAUGGCUCCCACACUAUUCCAGGGGCGACAUUAUAGCGGAUUUUAUUGCAGGACUCACUGUUGGAAUGACCAUGAUUCCACAGUCGGUGGCAUAUGCCGGAUUAGCUGGCCUAAAACCACAAUACGGUCUUUAUACGGCGUUUAUAGGCUCUUUCACCUACGUCUUCGUAGGUUCCAUCAAAGAAGUGUCCAUAGGACCCACCAGUCUUAUGGCACUAUUGACUUUCUCCUAUGUCGUGGGCAAACCUAUCGAAUGUGUGAUUUUGUUGACUUUUUUGGCCGGUUGUAUUGAACUGGCUAUGGGAUUGUUUAAAUUGGGUUUUUUGGUGGAUUUCAUAUCUCCCUGCUUGACAAGUGGCUUUACUUCAGCCACCUCUAUCAUUAUUAUCGUGUCGCAGCUUAAAGGUUUUUUGGGCAUUCAAGUGAAGAACCAUUCGACUUUUCCUGCCAUACAAGAAAUCUGUGGGAAAUUAGGGGAUAUUAAGUUUCCCGAUACAUUAUUGGGGGUGUUUUGUGUGGUUUUUUUGCUGGCAAUUAAGCAACUAAAUAAAGUCAAAACAAGCACACCGUUCACUAAAAAGCUGCUAUGGUUCAUAUCGAUUUCGAAAAAUGCUUUGGUAGUGUUUUCGUGUUCUUUGAUGGCAUAUAUUUGGUAUACCACACGUGGUUCUACGCCUUUUAAAUUAACUGGCCCAGUUCCAAGCGGUUUACCAGAAAUAGGCCCUCCACCCUUCACCUCCCAAUCCACCAACCAAACAAUGACCUUCGUCGACAUGAUUUCCUCUCUCGGCUCUGGCAUAAUUGUCGUACCGGUAGUAGCUGUGCUGGCUAACGUUGCCAUCGCCAAAGCUUAUAGUUCGGAGGCAAUCGUAGAUGCCUCCCAAGAAAUGAUCUCUUUAGGUCUAUGUAACAUAUUUGGGUCUUUUGUAAAGGCCAUGCCUAGCUGCGGCGCCUUUACCAGAUCAUCUGUGGCUAGCAGCAGUGGAGUCAGAACCCCACUUCAAGGAGUUUACUCAGGCACAGUAAUCAUCUUGGCCCUUAGUUUCUUGGCCCCAUACUUUUUUUACAUACCAAAAGCCACUUUAUCAGCAGUCCUUAUUGUUGCCGCCAGCAGUCUUGUGGACUAUCAAAUAUUCUUCAUCUUGUGGAAAUGCAAUAAAAUUGAUUUUCUGAUGACUUCAAUGACUUUUAUAUUUGGUGUGAUGGUCAGUGUCGAAUUGAGCAUAGUCAUUGGGGCUAUUUGUAAUACUUUUAUUAUGCUUAAGGCUUGGUCCAGGCCGAAGGUCAUUGUAGAACCCAGAUUUACUUUAAAUGGGUUGGAAUAUUUAUAUAUUAUGCCAGAGUUGGGAUUAUUUUAUCCAGCGGCUGAUUACUUAUCAGAGUGUAUUAAAAAGGGACACAUGAAGUACCCUAACUUGCCUAUCGCCUUAGAUUGUAUGGGGGUGCUGCAAGUCGACUAUUCAGCUACAAAGACCAUUGAGGCACUAGCAAAAACUUACAAUAAAAACCGAGUGGGGAUACUAUUUAUAAAUGUGAACCAAAGGGUGUUAAAGACCCUUAGUACCAUUUUACCAGAAGAAUAUUUAGGUUUGUGUUUGAGUGAUGAUGGAGUCGAUGCCAAAGGGUUUUCUGUGAGAGACGUAGAAGCUGAGGAGGAGCUUUUGAUUAAAAAUGACAACUUGGAGAGGUUUUCUCAUAACAAUGACCCUAGAAAAGGGUCUCUUGUAGAAGUAGAAUAGUCCUUAGCACUGUCGAUUUAUGUAUAUAUGUAAAUUAAAUAAACAUUAUUUAUUUUUGCCAUAAAUAAAAGUUUAUCAAUCA